AAAACUGGAUUAAACCAGUUCUUCAGCUGUUCAAUCAGCUGCUAUGGACUGCGAGAUGACCAGUUUACUACAAAAUGUUGGGGACGAGGAAAAGGAAAAUGACGGACAAGCUAACAAGAUUAAAUACAAGGUUGAAGAUUCUUACCCAAGUCUACCAAAUCUACGGCUUUCGCCACAGUUUUCUCCGAAGAAAAUUGCUGAGAACUUGAAGAGAAGUUUAAUAGGGAAAACAUCAGGCCAAGUAGAAUACAGUGGACUUCCUGGCAGCAUUGAACCAGAAGAUUUUAAACUUCAACCUCAGCAGAACCAAACUAAACAAGAUUUGCUAAACCCCAGAUGUUUAGAAAAUUUUGAAUUGAAGGGACCUUGUCCUAGUCCCUGUAUCAGCACAAGAUCUGAACAGUUCACUAGUGUCAAACCCUCACGAGUCAACCAAGUUCUCAGAUCACAUAGUUUAAAAGAUUCAAAUCUAAACCUUGGAAAUCCUCCAGCGCACAUGAACAAAUUCACAAAAGGCUGCUUGAAAAACACCAACUAUAAACCUUUGGAGCUAUCUCCAAUGAAUCUAAACUUCAGACGUAAAUCUGCAGUUGAACCUGGAGAAGCGACCAGAUCAGUAUCAAAUUUAAUGAAAAAUGAGGUAAAUGAGGAUUCUCAGUUUUAUAUGUACAGCAAUAUAGACGAAAGGGUGUCAAGAUACGAUAUUAAAUCUGGAGGCAGCAGCAACACUAAACCUUCCUUCCAUCUUUCUCCAAAUAUAUCAAAUAAUAAAAGGGUUCUAACCCCAACCUAUCCGUGGGACUGGGAUACGGAAUCAGAAUCAGAAUUGGCAGAACUCAAGGAUGUUGAAGAACGGAUCAACCAGUUAAUUUCUCCAGAGAAUUAUACUAAUAAUGCAGAAGAGAUGAUGUCUGGUCCAGGGGUUCGAAGAUGUACUCUAGUUGAUGGAGUUGAGGUGGAUGGAGUACUACCACAGUUCUCUGAAACCUCCUUCAAGUAUAUAACUCUGGAAAACCCAAUUCGUAAAAUCUGCAUCAAAAUCCUUCUGAAUCCGUGGUUUGAGAGAUUAACCAUGACUGUUAUUUUAUUUAACUGUAUAACCCUGGGCAUGUAUGAACCCUGCCCACCUCUAGACCCUGAUACAGGACAACCUGAAUGUGGGAGAAACUGCAAACUUCUGAAGAUUUGUGAUGACGUAAUCUAUGCGUAUUUCUCGGUAGAGAUGAUGAUUAAGAUGAUUGCUCUGGGAGUAUUCGGACGAGGCUGUUAUCUAUCAGAAACAUGGAAUAAGCUGGAUUGUUUCAUCGUAACCUCAGGGAUGAUAGAGAGUGCUCUGGAGUACUGUCUUGAUGUUGAGAAGUUGAAUCUGUCAGCUAUACGGACUGUCAGAGUUCUUAGACCACUCAGAGCAAUUAAUAGAAUACCAAGUAUGCGGAUACUAGUGAUGUUAUUGCUGGAUACUCUUCCCAUGCUUGGAAACGUUCUUCUUCUUUGUUUCUUUGUAUUCUUUAUAUUUGGAAUAGUUGGAGUGCAACUGUGGGCUGGUUUAUUAAGACAACGGUGUUAUAUAGAUGAUCAUUUUCAGGCCAAACUUCUUCAUAAACAAUAUUAUAAAGAGAUCCCACAUCUACAUUUUCAAGUUGAAGAAAUGGAUCUUCUACCCGACUAUAUUUGCGCAGUGCCUAACAGUUAUGGAAUGCAUAAAUGCAGUCAGCUGCCCCCCUUCAAGAUGAAUGGAGAGGAAUGCACUGAAGGUGCAACUGCUUUAAAGUAUAAUAAAUCAGCUUGUGUAAACUGGAAUCAGUACUUUACCAAGUGUACAACUGGCCCCAGCAAUCCUUUCCAUGGAGCUAUUUCCUUCGACAACAUUGGUUUAGCUUGGGUAGCAAUAUUCCUGGUAAUAUCUUUGGAGGGUUGGACGGAUGUGAUGUAUUUUGUCCAAGAUGCUCAUUCAUUCUGGAACUGGAUCUAUUUUGUCAUGCUUAUUGUGAUUGGAUCCUUUUUCAUGAUAAACCUGUGUCUGGUUGUUAUUGCAACUCAGUUCUCUGAGACAAAACGACGAGAGACCGCAAAGAUGAAAGCAGAACGAGCUAAAUUUACAUCGUCUUCAACACUGUCGUCCUUUACAAACAGCGAAACCACGAACUUGUAUCGAGAGAUUAUCCGGCUGAUUUAUCAUCUACUACGGAGAGCAUACAAUAGAGCGCAUAGAUUAUACAGGGCGGUUCGGGCUCGGAGGCUGGCGUACAAAGAGCGUAAACUGUUGGCACAGCAAGCGGAUAAUCAAGGGAAAACCUACAAUGUUAUGAAGAAUGUGUCAACACACUCAAUGAUCAACGCAAACGAUGGAGAAUUGGAUCUUAGAUUAGAACUGGAAGAUAUAGGUAUCUACGCAGCUCGCGGACUAGAAUCUCCUCCAGUAAAUUAUGCUGAGAAAACUACACAAACAGAUCUGUUUCAGCCCCUUGCCAAUGAUAAUGGAAGAGAAAGUAUACUGUCGCCUAAUGGAACAAGUCCCUGUAACCAUCCAACAUUAUCUUGCCAGGAAUUGUUGGAGAUGUCUACACCUAUAACUGGUUCUACUGCAGUACAAUUAGUCUUUGAUAAGAAGAAUCUAAAGUAUUGUUCAACCUUCAACCUGGCAGAGGUAAUGAACAGCGAGGAUCAAUCAGUUAUCUACAAUCUAGGCAGUCAACUUGAUCUUAUUACACCUACUCAGAAGAAACCAAUGUUUAGAUGUUUGGCUGGUGUAAAGAAUGGUAUUUGUGGAUUUGUAAACUCAGUCAGUUCUUGUCUAAACAGACUGGUAGAUCACAAUAUUUUCCAACAAGGAAUCCUUCUCUGCAUUUUCAUCAAUACUUUCAGUAUGGGAAUAGAGUACCACGAUCAACCGGUUACAUUAACAAAGGUUGUGGAAAUCUCGAAUCUUGCUUUUUCAAUAAUAUUUUCGGUGGAAAUGCUUCUGAAGAUUUCAGCCUACGGGAUCCCCAAGUAUUUAAGUGAUGGAUUUAAUGUCUUUGAUGGGUUCAUCGUCAUUCUCAGUGGUUUUGAGAUCUAUAACGGAGUAGUCAACGGAAUCUCAAGCGAAGGUUCUGGACUAUCUGUUCUUAGAACUUUUAGACUUCUCAGAAUACUGAAAUUGGUUCGGUUUCUUCCAAAUCUACGACGCCAGCUGAUUGUUAUGCUUCGAACCAUGGAUAAUGUUGCAGUAUUCUUCGGUCUUCUUAUGCUCUUCAUCUUUAUAUUCAGUAUCUUGGGAAUGAAUCUGUUUGGAUGUAAGUUCCAGGAUGAGUUUGGAACCCCGGAUAGGAAAAAUUUUGAUUCUCUCUUGUGGGCAACAGUAACUGUAUUCCAGGUGUUAACCCAAGAGGAUUGGAAUAUUGUACUGUUUGCUGGUAUGGAAAGAACAUCUCAUUGGGCAGCUUUGUACUUUGUAGCACUCAUGACAUUCGGCAACUACGUACUGUUUAACCUCCUAGUCGCUAUUCUUGUUGAAGGAUUCUCAAAUCAGGAUGAUAAAAAGAGUUCGAUAGGAAAUUCUGAAUCUAAAGAUGAGGGAAGGAUGGAUUCCUUUGAGUCAGCUGCAGAACCGGUUCCAGUUCAAGGACAGCAAACUCACUACGCUAAGAGUAAUCUCGUCAAAGAGCAGAUUCUAAGAAAAGGUUCAAGGAUCCUGCCUCCUGGUACUCGACUUUGUAAACAAUGUUCUACUUCUCUACAAAGUUUAUUCAAGGAAGGUGGCAGACCUGGGAUACCAAGACGAUCUCCUAAAAUGUCAAAGAGUAUGAGAGAGAAUCUAAUGAACAGUGUACUAGAGAUUGGAAUGGAAACAACAAUAGUUGUGCCCUGUACUUACUGUGGGGACAAGAAGGAUCUAAUGGCAGCACGGGUUGUGCAAAAAGAGGAAGUUGAAACAAACCCUGCAUUUGCGGAGUUUCGAGCUCAUAGCAGAAUAGAUUCAGAGACAACAGGGCCUUAUAGACGAAUAUCUCGAGGUUCUGGACGCAAAUCUUCCAACUGUCUUAGCUCAAGCUCUCAGGAUAGUUUAAGAAAUAACUCGUCUGUGAACAAGAAGAAGAGUAAAAAAGGAUUUGUAAAAGAUUUUACAAAUAAUAAUCUAGCUGGGACUCCACCCACUCCCCCUCCAGGAUUCCAGGAUUCUACCAUUCUAGCCAGGAUCCAGAAAGUACUGAAGGACCGUGAGGCCUACUCCCUGUAUAUUUUUAAACCUGAAGACAAGAUUAGAACGUUCUGUCAAGAUCUUACAUCCAAGGGUUGGUUUGAUUUUGUUAUCCUCGUGUUUAUAUCUGCCAACUGUAUUACCUUGGCUAUGGAGAGACCCAACAUACCUCCUUGGUCCUUGGAGAGAAGUAUUCUAGAUCUACUGAACAAUAUAUUUACUGUCGUAUUCGCUAUCGAGAUGGGUCUAAAGGCAGUAGCUGCAGGACUUGUUUAUGGAGAGGAGAGCUACUUCUCCUCUGGGUGGAAUAGAAUGGAUGGAACCUUAGUGUUAAUAUCUCUAAUAGAUGCUGCAAUAACUGUCAUAGCUGGAAAAACUAGCAAAAUAUUCGGUAUGUUGAGGGUCUUUAGGCUGGUCAGAGCGCUUAGACCUCUAAGGGUGAUAAACCGAGCCCCAGGUUUGAAGCUGGUUGUUCAGACCCUGCUCUCUUCCUUGAAACCUAUCGGUAAUAUUGUUCUCAUCUGUUGCACUUUCUUCAUCAUCUUCGGCAUUCUAGGAGUUCAACUCUUUAAGGUUUUGAGACUGAAAUGGAACCGAUGGCUGAAUCAGAAGUACAAUUUUGAUAAUCUUGGGCAUGCCUUGAUGUCACUUUUUGUUCUCUCAUCUAAGGAUGGCUGGGUGGAUAUAAUGUAUCAUGGUCUUGAUGCUACAGGAGUGGAUAUGCAGCCUAAGCGAAACUAUAACGAGUGGAGAUUAGUUUACUUUAUCUCAUUUCUUCUUCUUGUUGGGUUCUUUGUUCUCAACAUGUUUGUUGGGGUAGUUGUAGAGAACUUUCAUAGGUGUCGAGCAGAGCAGGAAAAGGAGGAGAGAGCUAGACGAGCAGCGAAGAGAGCAAAGAAGAUUGAAGAAAGACGAAGAAAGAUGCUUGAGCGCCCAUACUACAUGGACUAUUCAAGACCUCGUCUAGUGGUACAUCAAAUAGUAACAUCAAAAUACUUUGAUCUUGCCAUCUCAGCAGUUAUUGGACUCAAUGUUAUCACCAUGGCUAUGGAAUUCUACAUGAUGCCUUUGGAACUUGAAUAUGCACUGAAAGUGUUCAAUUACUUCUUCACAGCUAUCUUCAUACUAGAGGCUGCUAUGAAAGUUUCAGCUCUAGGUGUACAGAGAUAUCUUUCAGACAGAUGGAACCAGCUGGAUGUAGGGAUAGUAUUUCUCUCUGUAGUUGGUAUAGUUCUUGAGGAAAUGAAAGGACAGGUGUUUCCUGUUAAUCCAACUAUUAUCCGUGUGAUGAGAGUUCUACGAAUAGCUCGGGUUCUUAAACUUCUAAAGAUGGCUAAAGGGAUUAGAGCACUGUUGGAUACUGUCAUGCAAGCUCUUCCUCAGUUGACCAGUUCCUGUCAACUCCCUCUUUGUAGAGAAGAUGCAACCUCUCCUCCACUUACUCCACUAUACAGAGGACCAUACUUGGUUAUUGAGCCUGGAGAUAAGUUUUUCAAGCUGCAGAUAGGAACAAAGAUUGACACUGUAUCCAUUGACAGAUUAAAACCACUGUUCUACACUGAUCCUGUUUCAGUAGCUCAGCCUCCACCCAGAGGUCGUCCCAGGUUACAAGAAUGUGAUGAGAAUUAUCCAUGCCAAGGACUUGGAGAGCAUGCUCAUUUUAGAUCUUUUGGGAUGGCGUUCUUAACCUUAUUCAGGAUAGCUACAGGAGACAAUUGGAACGGAAUAAUGAAAGACACACUCCGCGAGGAAUGCGACCCUAGCGAGGAGUGUUUGCGCAAUUGCUGCGUAUCCGGUUAUUUCGCACCGUUAUUUUUUGUCGUCUUCGUUCUUAUGGCCCAGUUUGUUCUGGUUAAUGUGGUAGUUGCAGUUCUGAUGAAGCAUCUAGAGGAAUCUCAUAAGCAGAUGGAAGACGACGUGGAAGUUGAACUGGAACUGGAGAAACAGUUGGCACUUGCGCACGAGCUCUUUCCGGCCACGUGACAAAAGCGUGCCCCGGACUCAUCUUGGUGGCGGAAAAAGGUGGAUAAGGAUGUUAUUGUGCGUACAAAUGUUUAGUUAGUAUGUUAAGUUAAAACAAAAACAACAAAUGCAAUAGAUACAAAUAACUAUAAGAAAACUUUACCAAGAAUCUUACAUAAAAGAUACAAAUUUAACAAUUACAAUCGCAAGUCUUUUUUGUCAUUUUACAUUAAUAUUUACAAAUUGUUGCAAUGAAAUAAAAGAAUUAUUAACUUUUAAAAAAUUUAAGAAAUCUUUCCUUAAUAACGCCUGUUUAGAGCUAUUUUUUUGGUUUUUAACUUUACAUGAAAUUGUGUUAAAAAAUUACAUGUUCCUUCUAUUAAGUAUCGUUUUAUCAACUGAAUGAAAUUUGUCCAGUAAAAAAACUUUCUAGUGAAAAGAAAGAACCAAAAAUCUCAAAAACUAAAUUUUACUUUGAAUGUGUUCGUUAUGUUAUUAUAACUAAACCAGUUAUAAAGGAAUUGAUUGAAAAUAUUAUAUAACAUGCCCAUCCUUAUAUAUUAUUAAGAUAAUUAUAUUUUUAAACCUGAAAUAUCUUUCAUUAAAAACUGUCAACCCCUGUCUUUUCAAUUACAUCAAGAUAAUUUAAAAAUAAAUUUUAAUUGCGGUCUUCCAAUUACCCAGAUAUAUAUCAAAUAUUAACAAGUUUAGUUAUAUAUGUUGAAAAUAUCAUGUACACAUGAUAUUCUGUAAACCUGCAGUAUUUAUACAUAAUUUACAAUUAUGUUUGUAAACUUAUACAUAAUGACAAUAUUUAUUGAAUCUGUUUUUCAAUUGAAUACAAAGCAUGAUUAGAUUAAAUCAUGUAAUAUACUUAAAUUAUGCUAUUAACAUGUGUGGAGAUAGCUUAACUAGGUAAUACCUAUUCUUGCUAAUCUUAUAAAUAUGUACAUUAAACUUUAACUGAGCGGUAGAUGGAUAAUAUCUAUUCUUGCUAAUCUUAUAAAUAUGUACAUUAAACUUUAACUGAGCGGUAGAUGGGUAAUAUGAUUGUCUUAAUCAUGUGAUAUAAAUAAGGAGGUAGGAAUUAAAAUUACGACAAUUUAUGUCAACUUGUGAUGUCAGAUAUUUUAAUAAAGUUAGUUUAUAGAGUA